AUGAAGCUAUCAAAUUUAAUAUUUUCGACAGUGGCAGCUACGUCAAGUAUUAAUGACCUUCUCGUAUGCUCUGUUUGGCCUGGUGAGACGGUUGAUGAAGCUCAAAUCAAAAAGUCUGAGUGUGACGAGCUCAGAGAAGUUUUUUCGUCAUCAAAUGGUGAUGUCCGGUACAUUUCACGGACAGCUACACACGGACUCUGCAUUGAUCUUGAUUGUGUAAAACAGGCGCGACAAAACAGCUUCCCAAGCGAAACUGUUGAACCAGUAAAAACUGCUACGAUUUAUGGAGAUUCGGUGGAACACAAAGCUUUGACACCAAAAAGAGAACUGAUUCCUGUACCAAUUGUAUCCGUUUCCAACGCUACAAGUCCCAAAAAGACGAAACCUGCGGAACAUGAAACGAAGCCAAAUAGUAUUGCCAGUUCCUGGGGUAGGCUUUUCAAUAAAGCAAAGGAAGAAAAAGAAAUUGAAAAGGACGAGUAUGCCAUGCAAUAUUCUUCACAGUGCUCUCUUUCUGAUCCAGAAAGCCAAAAUACAUGCUGCUCGGGGCACGAUCCGUCACCAUGCUGUGAUUACCACCAAAAAAUCCUCCAGAAACAGGGAAUGGCAAGAUUUGGCUUUCUUCGGCGACCAACCGGUCGAAUCGUCGGUGGAGUUCCCGCUCGAGAGUUGAAAACUUCCGUUGCAUACAUCGCAAAGCUUUCGCAUGACCAGAACUUUUGUGGUGGUGUCCUCAUUCAUGAAAAUUGGGUGGUCACCGCUGCACAUUGCAUGGUUGAAUACUGCGAUGCUGGUGAUGAAUAUUUGAAGGAACUUGUUGUGAAACUUGGCAAGACAAAGAAAAUUAACUGGCUCAUUGAAGAUGGCGAGCAAGACGCGUAUGUGCAAUCUGUUCAUUGCCAUAGUAGAAAUUGCAAAGCACCCGGAAAUCCUAGAUUGAACGAUAUUGCUUUGAUAAGAUUGAAGGAGCCUGUCCGAAUGAGCAAAACCGUGGAUAUUGCUUCCAUUCCAGAGCCGUAUGCAAUGCCAAUUAUGUCUCAAGAAUGCAUCACUCUCGGCUGGGGUGAUACAAAGAACACGGGAUAUGCUGAUGUUCUCAAACAGGUGUCGAUUCCCCUUGUUUCCAAUGAACAGUGUAAUGAUGGCCGAUGGAGAGGGUGUACAAUUCGAAGCUGUAUGAUUUGCGCCGGUGCGAAAGAAAAGGCUCCUUGCGCCGGAGACUCUGGUGGACCACUCUUCUGUCCUUGGCACGAUGGUUCUUACCAACUUCACGGUAUCUACUCUUUCGGCCGCUGUGGAAGCGACGCGACGAAACCUGCUGUUUUCACGAGAGUCUCAAAUUAUCGAGAAUGGAUCGAAAAUACAAUUGUGCCUUUUGGUGAUUUCAUUUAA